CGCUGUCAAAAAAAAAAUUCUUGAGGAAAGGUCGGGCGGUCCGGGUUAUGUUUCUUAACUAGCGGCACACGUGUUGAAAAUCAAUUUUUUACGUUUCAAUAUAUAAGAAAAGCGGGAAAUUCAGGAUGGCGCAGAGCAAAUUAAACGAUUUGGCCGGGAAAUUCGGUAAAGGAGGCCCCCCGGGACUGGGAAUCGGCUUGAAGCUCCUGGCCGCAGCAGGAGUCGCCGCCUAUGGAGUUUCACAGUCCAUGUAUACAGUUGAAGGUGGUCACAGAGCAAUCAUGUUUAACAGAAUAGGUGGAGUACAAAAAGAGAUCUACACUGAAGGAUUGCAUUUUAGGGUGCCAUGGUUCCAGUACCCCAUCAUCUAUGACAUUAGGUCAAGGCCCAGAAAAAUCUCUUCCCCAACUGGUUCGAAAGACUUACAAAUGGUAAACAUUUCCCUCAGGGUUCUGUCCAGACCAAACUCCAGUGCCUUACCAGUAGUAUACAGACAACUUGGCUUAGACUAUGAUGAAAAAGUCUUACCCUCCAUUUGCAAUGAAGUGUUAAAAUCGGUUGUUGCCAAAUUCAAUGCUGCCCAACUAAUCACACAGAGACAGCAAGUUUCUUUAUUAGUCAGGAGGGAAUUGACUGAACGUGCUCAAGAUUUCAACAUUAUUUUGGAUGAUGUUUCUAUCACAGAGUUGUCUUUUGGCAAGGAGUACACGGCAGCAGUUGAAGCUAAACAGGUGGCUCAACAAGAAGCACAGAGGGCAGCAUUCGUUGUUGAAAGGGCCAAACAGGAAAGACAACAGAAGAUUGUACAAGCCGAGGGUGAAGCUGAGGCAGCUAAAAUGUUAGGAGAAGCUAUCUCAAGGAAUCCUGGCUACUUGAAACUAAGGAAAAUUAGAGCUGCACAGAACAUUUCCAGAACAAUUGCCAACUCGCAAAAUAAAGUAUACCUAAGCGGAAACAGUUUGAUGCUGAACAUUUCCGAUAAGGAGUUCGACGACCAGAGCGACAAAUUGAAAAGUUAUGAUGGGUCCAAUAAUUUUGAUAAAUUAUUGGACGACAAGCCAGACGGUGCAGUCUCCAUACUGAGUUUGUCACAGUUUGCUGCUGAUCGGCUUUCACCAAAGAAUUAUUCUUAAGUUGUCUAGAAAAGGCAUUUUUUUGUACAAAGUUAUGGGCAUUUUAAUAUUUUCUUUUUAUUUUUUUGCAUACUGAAAAGCUUAUUAUAUUUUUAUAUGCAUUUUUCCUUUUUAACGGAAAUAAGUGAUAGUGAAACAAUAAAAAAAAGAAGUAGUACUA